AUGCACUUCACAAAGAUUUCAGACAAUUGGCCCGGAUACAGCCUGGAUUUGUUCACUUACCCUCAGCACUACUACGGAGAUCUGGAAUAUGUGCUCAUACCUCAUGGCAUUAUUGUUGACAGGACAGAACGAUUGGCCAAAGAUAUUAUGCAAGACAUUGGAGACAAUGAUAUUGUGGUUCUCUGUGUCCUCAAAGGUGGCUACAAGUUCUGUGCUGACCUUGUGGAGCACAUUAAAAAUCUCAGCAGAAAUUCAGAAAGGUUCAUCUCCAUGAAAGUCGAUUUUGUUAGACUGAAAAGUUACCACAAUGAUCAGUCUAUGCAAGAUAUGCAGAUAAUGGGAGGAGAUGAUCUUUCAAAGCUGACUGGGAAGAAUGUUCUAAUUGUGGAGGAUAUUGUUGGAACUGGAAGGACAAUGAAGGUUCUGCUUAAUAACAUAGAAAAAUGCAAGCCAAAAAUGAUUAAAGUGGCAAGUUUGUUGGUGAAAAGAACAUCUCGGCCUGAUGGGUACAGACCAGAUUAUUAUGGAUUUGAAAUUCCAGAUUUAUUUGUAGUAGGUUAUGCCUUAGACUACAACGAGCACUUCAGAGAUCUAAAUCACAUAUGUGUUAUCAAUGAUCAUGGCAAAGCGAAAUACAGAGUCUGAAGCAGUAACAUCCUCACCUGAAGAUUUAUAAGCUCAGUGAAGCAGAAAUUUGACUACACUCCCUCGAGCAUCUCCUAGAAGAGCAGAUCAAUUGACCUGUGUUUCUUUCAACUCAGUAUAAUAAGGGGUUUAUUCUAGAGAUACUGAUUAAGAUUUAUAGAAGUGAGAGCUCUUAUAAAAAAUGUGAAGUAGAGGGAUUUUAAAGUUAUUACCUUUUUUAAGUAUUAAAAUUACUGCAUAAGAUGCCUUUUGACUAAUAAUUUGUCUGCCUCAAGUCUCAUUGUGAAUGCAUCUUUUCUUCCUUCAGUCGGUCAUUCUACCCAUGGCAAUUCAUGCACUUCACUGUGUU